CGUUGACUCCCAUCAUGAAUCCAACAGAUCCUCAAACUUUUAGUCAUCGCACCGCUCAAAUUUCUACUGGUCGCCUUUAUCAUUUCAUUGACCAAGUCCCAAGUAACUAUGAUCCAACCCAACCACCGCUAGUUUGUUUACAUGGCUUUCCUGAUUCAUGGUUCGGAUGGCGGUAUCAGAUUGGUCCAUGGUGUCGACAAGGCUUCCGUGUGAUCGUUCCAGACAUGCUAGGCUAUGGCGAGACCGACAUGCCCCAUGAUUCUUCAGCGUAUUCCCCGAAAAAUAUCUGCAAUGAUAUUUCUGCACUUCUUGAUUUCUUGGCGAUACCCAAAGCCGUGGUGAUUGGCCAUGAUUGGGGCUCAUACAUGGCUGGGAGAUUUGCUCUGUGGCAUCCGGAUCGGUUGAUAGCACUGGUCAUGUUAUCUAUUCCAUAUGUUCCUCCAAAGGAACAAUAUGUGUCUCUCGAGGAGUUGGUCAGAGCAUAUCCAUCCUAUGGAUAUCAGAUGUAUUUUGCGUCCGAAUCGUCAACAUCUGAGAUCGAGGCAAACCUCGUCCCCUUUCUCGCCUCAGCGUUCAGAACGCCUGAAAAGGCAUUGUCGUGGUCAAAGUUGAACGAACUGAUCACUAACAAGCAAAUCAAUUUUACUGAUGAUUGCCUCCUCAAUGAACGUGAAUUACAAUUCUAUGUUUCUCGUUUUCAACGCGGCAUGCGAGGGCCCUUGUCUUAUUACCGAACCACGAAAACGCGAUUUGAAGAGGAGAAAGAGGCUCAGCUACCUGUACAUCUACCUCCGAAUCUUCCUGUUCUCUUCCUGUAUGGAACCAAAGAUGUCACGUGUCCUCCGUCAGCGGUCCGAAACGCGCACAAAUUCAUCUCACGACUCAAUACCGUUGCCAUCGAGGAUGUUGGCCAUUGGGUAAUGUUGCAGGCGCAAGACCGUGUUGCAUUGGAAGUCUUGCGAUUCCUUUCAUCUCUAGGUUUAUCCCAGCAAUCUCGAAUGUAGAAUUCUGUAAUCAUUAUUCGUUUCGUUUACGGCGAUGAAGCACUGAUAAGAACGGAAAACAUAGAUUCCUUCAAAUCAAAUUCCC